AGCUGCACGGCCAUUUUGUCCCAGUCAGUCGGAGGCUGCGGCUGCGGAGGAGCCACCCGAGGAGGAGCUGCCAAGAUGCUGUCUGUUCGCGUAGCCGCGGCCGUGGCCCGCGCCCUCCCACGGCGGGCCGGGCUGGUUUCCAAAAAUGCUCUGGGCUCAUCGUUCGUCGCAGCCAGGAACCUGCACGCCUCCAACACACGGCUCCAGAAGACUGGCACUGCUGAAAUGUCCUCUAUUCUUGAAGAGCGAAUUCUUGGAGCCGAUACCUCCGUUGACCUUGAGGAGACUGGGCGGGUCUUAAGUAUUGGUGAUGGUAUUGCCCGCGUGCACGGGCUCAGGAAUGUCCAAGCAGAAGAGAUGGUGGAGUUCUCUUCUGGCUUAAAGGGUAUGUCUCUGAACUUGGAGCCUGACAAUGUUGGUGUUGUGGUGUUUGGAAAUGAUAAGCUCAUUAAGGAAGGAGACAUUGUGAAGAGGACGGGUGCCAUCGUGGAUGUUCCGGUUGGUGAGGAGCUGUUGGGGCGUGUGGUGGAUGCCCUUGGAAAUGCCAUCGAUGGAAAGGGCCCAAUUGGCUCCAAGACUCGCAGGCGAGUGGGCCUGAAAGCCCCUGGAAUCAUUCCUCGAAUCUCGGUGCGGGAACCAAUGCAGACUGGCAUUAAGGCCGUGGACAGCUUGGUGCCAAUUGGUCGUGGCCAGCGUGAGCUGAUUAUUGGUGACAGACAGACCGGGAAAACAUCCAUUGCUAUCGACACAAUUAUUAACCAGAAGCGUUUCAAUGACGGUUCUGAUGAGAAGAAGAAGCUGUACUGCAUCUACGUGGCUAUUGGCCAGAAGAGGUCCACCGUUGCCCAGCUGGUGAAGAGGCUGACCGAUGCAGAUGCCAUGAAGUACACCAUUGUGGUGUCGGCCACUGCGUCUGAUGCUGCCCCACUUCAGUACCUGGCUCCCUACUCUGGCUGUUCUAUGGGAGAGUACUUUAGAGACAACGGCAAGCAUGCUUUGAUCAUCUAUGAUGACUUAUCCAAACAGGCUGUCGCUUACCGCCAGAUGUCGCUGUUGCUGCGCCGGCCCCCUGGUCGUGAGGCCUACCCGGGUGACGUCUUCUACCUGCACUCCCGGCUGCUGGAGAGAGCAGCCAAAAUGAACGAUUCUUUUGGUGGUGGCUCCUUGACUGCCUUGCCAGUCAUAGAAACACAGGCUGGGGAUGUGUCUGCUUACAUUCCGACUAAUGUCAUUUCCAUCACUGAUGGACAGAUCUUCUUGGAAACAGAAUUGUUCUACAAAGGCAUCCGCCCUGCCAUUAAUGUGGGUUUGUCUGUGUCCCGUGUCGGAUCUGCUGCCCAAACCAGGGCCAUGAAACAGGUGGCAGGCACCAUGAAGCUGGAACUGGCGCAGUAUCGUGAGGUCGCAGCUUUUGCGCAGUUUGGUUCCGACCUGGAUGCUGCCACGCAGCAGCUCCUGAGCCGCGGAGUGCGCCUGACCGAGCUGCUGAAGCAAGGACAGUAUUCUCCCAUGGCCAUUGAAGAGCAGGUGGCUGUUAUCUACGCGGGCGUGAGGGGGUAUCUUGAUAAAUUGGAGCCCAGCAAGAUCACGAAAUUUGAGAAUGCUUUCUUGUCGCAUGUUGUCAGCCAGCACCAGGCCCUGUUGGGCAACAUCAGAGCUGAUGGGAAGAUCUCGGAAGAAUCGGAUGCAAAGCUGAAGGAGAUUGUAACAAAUUUCUUGGCUGGAUUUGAAGCUUAAACUCCUGGAUUCACAUCAAAUACUGGUUUGGUUUUAUUAUUGGUUCUUCUAGUAAAAUUAAUUCCAUUUGUAAAUGGAUUGCUCUCCUCCUCAUGUACAGAAAUCACAUUAAGAAUAAAGAUUCCAUGUGGCGUGGUGA